UGUGGAUGGAACGGAAAGCUGAGGAGCUGAACGUUUUAUCGAAGGCCUAUGUGUAGACCCUGAUGCUUGAAUGAGUGCAGAAUGAAAAUGCUUCCUGGAGUGGGUGUGUUUGGAACUGGCAGCACUGCCCGGGUACUGGUACCCUUGCUGAGAGCAGAAGGCUUCUCCAUUGAAGCGCUUUGGGGGAAGACUGAAGAGGAAGCCAAACAACUGGCAGAGGAAAUGAACAUCUCCUUCUACACGAGUCGGACUGAUGAUGUCUUGCUGCACCAGGAUGUAGAUUUGGUUUGCAUCAAUAUCCCUCCACCACUAACUCGACAAAUUGCUGUGAAGGCUCUAGGAAUAGGGAAGAAUGUGAUCUGUGAGAAAGCUGCUACCUCUGUGGAUGCCUUCAGGAUGGUCACAGCUGCCAGGUAUUACCCCAAGCUGAUGAGCAUCGUUGGCAAUGUUCUCCGUUUCCUGCCUGCCUUUGUGAAGAUGAAGCAGUUGAUAGAAGAACACUAUGUGGGCAAUGUGAUGAUCUGUGACGUACGAGUUUAUGGGGGCAGCCUGCUUAGCCACAAGUACAACUGGAUUUGUGACGAGCUGAUGGGAGGAGGCGGUCUGCAUACGAUGGGAACCUACAUUAUCGACCUCCUAACACACCUCAUCAGCAGGAGAGCAGAGAAGGUCCAUGGUUUGCUGAAGACUUUUGUGAAGCAGAACACAGCUAUAAGCGGGAUCCGCCAUGUCACUAGCGAUGACUUCUGCUUCUUCCAGAUGCUGAUGAGCGAAGGUGUCUGUUGCACUGUGACUCUCAACUUCAACAUGCCUGGAUCAUUCAUCCAUGAAGUCAUGAUUGUUGGGUCUGCUGGUCGCCUCAUAGCUCGUGGGACAGACUUGUAUGGGCAGAAAAACACCGCGCUCCAAGAAGAACUACUGUUUACAGACUCUCUGACUGUCAACAAGGGCCUUUUGGAUAAGGGAUUUAAAGACAUCCCGCUGCUUUACCUAAAAGGAAUGGUGUACAUGGUGCAGGCACUGCGGCAAUCUUUCCAAGACCAGGAAGACCGUCGGACAUGGGAUCAUAAACCUGUCUCUAUGGCAGCCUCCUUUGAAGAUGGUCUGUACAUGCAAAGUGUAGUAGAGGCCAUCAAGAAAUCCAGCAGGUCAGGGGAGUGGGAGGCUGUGGAGGUGAUGACUGAGGAACCAGAUGCCAAUCAAAACCUCUGCGAGGCACUUCAAAGAAAUAACUUAUGAGCAUUCCUGCUUUGGAAGAUAGGACAAUUAACACUUCUGGCUGUAAAGUAAAAAAACCUCUGUUUUUAAGAUAUGUAGAUUCUUAUUUAAUAACCUUUGGUUUUUAUAAAUGUGUAAAGUAUGUCAUGUUCUGAUAGGAACUGUUCUGAUUUAAAUUGUUUAAAGAGUUUAAAAUGUUUCUGUUUUUGCAAAUGUUUUUGUCUUGGAGACUGGUAGGAAAACUUGAAUUGCCCUUUGCACUUGCAGUAGAUGAAGUAAAGCAUGGGAUCUCUGCCAUUGCAUGGCUUGGAAAUGGGACACAACCCCUGUUGUACAGGUUGCUUAUUUUACCAAUUUUAACAUGAGAGCAUGUAGAGCAAGAUCAGGGAGUAUCUGUUGUUCAGAUGCCUUUUCCUUCUCUCUUAGGGACUGAUUUAAGUUUUAUUCCUCAGUUUGUAAAAAUUUAUAAAAGAGUUUAGUGAUGUAACAGGUCUCUAAACUCCUAUAGGACAAAAAGUAGAGGAACGGAUUAAAGCUUGUAACAUAAGGAUCAGCUGUUUGACUUCCUGCACAUGGCAGAUACUUUCAGAUUCAUUUGAACUGGCACUUCAUUUAAAUGAUGCUAUGAAUUCUCUGUUGAUGAUGUCUUGGCAGGAAGAUCUUCAGGAAGUCUGGUGAUUUGUGCUGUUCUUCCAUAUCUGUAGACAUUAUUCCUUCUACUCAAGGGGCUGCCUGCAUCCAGCAGCUCCUUUCCAUAAGCUCUGUCCGUCGUUUGUGUUUACUGCCUGGCAGCACUGGUGCUGUGUCUGCGGGGCCAUGUUCUCAUUUCUGUGACUGUUAAUAAAUGCCUUCCAGGGUCAUGGGAUCUCCACCAUGUCAUGGAUAAAGAAGUUGUACAGCAUUAACCUUCUGGGGACCUGAAGAUGGAAGUAAGGAGGUAUUUCCAACCUCUUGCAGCUCUCUUUAACGUGCUGGCUGGGUAACUGUCACACUACACACAUCCUGAUAGCUGAGAGAACGGGGACUGAACUGUCAUGGGUAAGUCUGCUCUCAAUCUCAAACACUGGAUAUCAACCCUCUGGCCCUGCCCAUACUCACACCCUCCUGCAGCUGGUGUCCAGUGGAGAGAUCUGGUGGCAGUUCAUUGUGUUUGGGAAAUGUUUCUCUCUGAGGCAGGUAUGUGGAAGGGAUAAUCCAAUUUUACUAUGUUUAUUUUGUGUACUUGAAAGGGUUUUUUUAAAUGUAUUUCCCACUCAAUUGUAACCCUGUAUUUAUGUCUGUUAACAUGCAAACUGCUGUUUCAUAAGCUGGUCCUUCCUGAAAAAUACCGUUUUCUACAGAAAUAAAAAGUUGUGUUUGUUGAGGGCAUUCUUU